GGGUUAUUUGAGGUGAAGAAUUGUGCAGUGCACGACAUUGAAGUGUGCUUACAGUGUGUCAAGGUAUAUUGGACGGACAGUGACGAUGACCGAGACUGUGUCCAACCACAUGGGCUCACUGAAGGUCGAGACCUUCUCUCCUCCAGAAUCUGCACCACCACGGAGUUGUCCCAUGCAUCAGGAGCACAAACAAAGCGCUCCUCCCCCAGAAUGCCCCAUGCACAAGGCAUCUGUACCUGCCCAGCAGGCUCCAAAGACUUCCCCUACAGUCCCAGAGACUCCUGCUCAUCAGGACCGAGCCUAUGAGUUUGUGGAGUGUCCGAUGAAGGCAGCAAGAGGAGAGAACGGAGCGAUGUCUGACAUAAACCCUGCAAACAUGAUGCCCCCACCCAACCAAACCCCAGCAGCUGGUCAGCCUUUUUCCCUGUCUGUGAACAGACAAGAGUCCACAAUCCCCCGGUCCGGGGCUGAACAGAACUGGGUCUACCCAUCAGAACAGAUGUUCUGGAACGCUAUGCUACGCAAAGGGUGGCAAUGGAAUGAAGGUGACAUUGGACAGAAGGACAUGAAAAGCAUCAUCAAGAUUCACAACCAGAACAAUGAGAUGGCUUGGCAGGAGAUCCUCAGAUGGGAGGCUCUUCAUUCCAAGGAGUGUCCUUGUGGUCCAACUUUGGUUCGGUUUGGAGGUAAAGCAAAGGACCUGACACCAAGAGCCAAGUUCCGCCAUUGGAUGGGGUAUGAAUUGCCAUUUGACAGACACGACUGGAUUGUAAAUCGUUGUGGAAAAGAAGUCCGAUAUGUCAUAGACUACUAUGAUGCUGGUCUUUCCACCAAACACACCAUUCUAGAUGUGCGCCCUGCUUUGGACUCCAUUGGAGCGGUGUGGGAUCGCAUGAGGGUUGCAUGGUUUCACUGGACCUCCUCGUGACUCCUGACCAGUAGAGGGCGCUGGCCACCAUCAACAAUUCAUAUGUAUUCUGCCGGAGAAAAACUAAUACCCAUCGUGCUUUGAAAUGAACUUCUGCAUCUCACCAGUCAACCUUUAAGCAAUAGUUGCCAGUGAUGCUUCUGAGAACUGGCCUUAGUCGGCCUUGCUUUGGUUCUAGGGUAGAAAUUCCAUAUUUUGUUUUUAAAUUCAUUGGAGUGUCUGGAUAGGGGAUUGACCGCACAUAGUAUGGUUUAGAGAUGGCUGAACACACCUGGGUUAAGGUGGUUUAUUCAUUUCAUGGGAGUAUGCAAUGCAUAGUAUUUAUUAUACUUCAAUAAUUGUGUGUGCAGGAAACGGUCAUGAUAUUCCACUCAUCUAUAAUAAGGAGCGAGUUCCAAGAGUACAUGGUCUGAAGCUUCUUUUUGGAUAUGUUGAUGUCAUAUGAUUCUCUUGCUUGGAUGCAUAUGUUUAUUUUAUGCACAUUAUUUCUUGCUAGAUUUUUGUUCAACUCCAGGAUUCUAAACCGUCACAAAACAUACAUAACUGGAAAGUUAUGACUCUUUGUCUGUGCUGUUGCUGUAACAUAAUAAACUGUUAUUUAUUUGUA